CAAUCCCCAACCCAUUACUCAUGAUUCAAAUUUCUGCCAUAUUACACACAAACAUGACUGAAUCUGAUUCUUCUUCAACCAAUGUGCCCCCAAAAGACCAGCCGCCACCACCAACUGUUCCAAUCCCUGACGCUCCGCCGCAAGAGCAGUCGCCGAAACCAUCAUCCACUCCAUUGGUCUCAUCGAAAGAAGGCGUAAGUUGGAAUUCCACAUCGAGAAAGUUGCCGGCGGUUUACCGGGGAGUAAGAAGCAGGAGUGGGAAAUGGGUGUCCGAAAUACGUGAGCCGCGUAAAACGACGCGUAUAUGGCUAGGGACAUACCCUACACCUGAAAUGGCAGCCACCGCGUAUGACGUGGCUGCUCUUGCCCUAAAAGGUCCCGACGCGGAACUGAACUUUCCGGAUAUGGUUCAUUCGUAUCCGAAAGUGGGUUCUACAUCGGCAACUGAUAUUCGUGCCGCCGCUGCUAGUGCCGCCGCUUCUAGACUACUACCCAAGGCUGUUACCAAUACUGGGUCAUCAUCAAAAAACGAGGACACCACAUCGACUACUGCUAUGGAGAUUACAUGUUCAGGUCAAGAAUUUAUCGACGAGGAAGAGCUUUUAAACUUUCCCAAUUUGAUGGUGGAUAUGGCAGGGGGAAUGCUAGUAAGCCCUCCAAACUGGAUAAACUCACCACCUUCUGAUGAUUCACCAGAUAAUUCAGAUGUAGAUACACUAUGGACUUACACUUAAAAUAGAAAAAUUCACUGUAAAAGUGAUGAAUGAGAGAGAGUAUACAGUACAAUGAAAUGUAGAAGAAGAAGAAGCAUGGUUUAAAAACUAGGGUCUAGAUGCUUCUGAUGAUUCAGUAAUAUGAAAUGCAGAAGGUACUGUCAUUUGUCCUCUUUUUUUUCCUCUGUCCCUUCUGGUUUUUAUCUCUUUUAGGGGUUGUUCCAUUGCUGGAAAAACAUAUGAACAAAUCAGAAGCCAAUAUAAGAAGAAUCUGAGUGGUUUUACAUAUCUGUUGCAAUGUUGAUGCUAUUAUAAAGCUUGGGUUUUCUUUUGUUUUUCUAAUAA